GGCUAAAGCCCUUAUACCCAAGAAAAGAAACUUAUUUCUGUCAAAUAUGAGCAGCUUGAUACCCAAGAGACCAAAACUUCUUGACACUAGAGCCAAAAAAAAGGACUUUGACUUGUCAUCAGAACAAGAAAAAACUCCUAUUGUAGAAGCAGAAACAGCAAACAUGCCAUAUUUACCAAAUAAUAAACCAAGUAAAAGCAACAACUAA